GAAGAUGAAAGAGGAAAGCAUGUGCCCGGACUCCCCCGAAGGCAGCCUGGUCACCAGCGAGGAGGAAGGCGAGCGGCUGCACAAGAAAUGCCUCCGCAAGCGUGGCCAGGGGGGCAAGCCGGCGGAGGACUGCGGUGCGCCCUCGCCGCAGGGCAAGCGGAGCAAGCGCAGCCCUGUCCCGCAGUCUUUCGAGGACGUGCACACGCAGCGUGUGAUCGCCAAUGUGCGGGAACGCCAGCGGACCCAGUCGCUCAACGACGCCUUCGCGGAGCUGCGGAAGAUCAUCCCGACGCUGCCCUCCGACAAGCUGAGCAAGAUCCAAACCCUCAAGCUGGCCGCCCGUUACAUAGACUUCUUGUACCAGGUCCUGCAGAGCGAUGAGCUGGACCACAAGAUCACCAGCUGCAACUACCUGGCCCACGAGAGGCUCAGCUACGCCUUCUCCGUCUGGAGGAUGGAAGGGGCUUGGUCCAUGUCCGCGUCCCACUGAG